AUGGAAGAGUCGCAGAACCUUCGGUCUUUGUUCUCUGCGGCAAAGGGCGACAAGAAAUCCUUGGAAUUGCGAGGGGACACCAACACCGAGACCUACCGCGACCUGGUCAAUGCAGCAAUCGCCAAGUUCCAAGAAUGCCAGCGACAGGUGAGCAUUGUCUCUCUGUUCAGCUCAAAUGAGUCGCUGGACGAUGUGUCGACCGGAGACAUCCAAUACAUGACACUGGAAUAUCACCUUGCCGAGCUGAUCCAGCGCGCCACCACAUCCGAUCGUGAAGCCGUUCUACGCCGAGCCCUGGAGCAAUACGAGAGGUUCCUCACACGUCUUGACGAAUAUGAGCUACUAUAUGGAGGGGAUAAGAAACUCUUCGCGCAAUACAUGGCCAACCCGACGUCCUUCACUCUUGCCCCUGUCAAUGAUGCGGCCGCCCGACGAGAUAUUAAGGUGAGGCGAUUCAGGGAAGAAAAGGAGCUGAAGCAAAAACUGGAGUAUCUUGCGCGGAAUGAAGCCCGGCUCCAAAGCGACGAUGAUGACACUCGGAGACUCUACCUGGCCGAGUUACAACUCUAUACCCACCAAACCUUUCAAGCGCUUGACCUCUUGAUGCAAGAACUGGCAAUGCUUUCGGCGAUGCAAAAUGCACCCGCCCCGAUCCAGCCACCGCCAGAUGACCCGAGACAACGGAGCAACCUUGGAGGGGCAAACUACUCAGAUCGCCUAGACCCAUCAUUGUCACAGUUACUCAAUGGUGGAAGGAGUGGACCUAUUCUCAAUAGCAAGGGUAAACCAAUUCAGCCCUUCACGCUGUUGGACCGUCGGACACAGCUCCAGGAGGGGGUUUUCCGUUCAGGCCACAAUCUCCCCACCAUGACAAUUGAUGAGUACCUCGCGGAAGAGCACCGAAGAGGCAACGUCCUUCAAGGUGGAGAGCAAUCUGGCGUACAGCCAGAAAUUGAUGAGGACGACCUCGACAAGGCAGACGAGGAAACAAUGAAGGCACGAGCGUGGGACGAAUACGUCGAGGCCAACCCCAAGGGAUCGGGCAACACUUUGAACCGGGGCUGA